UCUCAACAGUCAGCUCCAUCCAUCCACUGAGCUAGAUUCCGCACCCAAGAUAUCUCACUGAACAUAGGUUGCUUUCAAUUCAGGCGUCUUUGAACCAGGCGCACUUUACCUCCUUCGGGCAGAUUGUUUGAAACCAGCCUUUCGCGACGACAGAUAAACGCACACCAAGCGCCCUCGCACAGUCGUGUAUCCGCCACCGCAUUCAUCAUGCACGACAACCGCACCCACCCUCUGCUCCAGCAAGUCCCCCUCACCGUCUCCCCUUUCGUCAAGCUCCCCACCGCAACCACCCUCCCAUACCAGUACAAACCAAUGCCCUCGACCCUCCCGCCCUCUUCCAUAACAAGCGCGCCCAGCGGCGCACCAUCACUAACAGACGACCCCGCCAACACCACCUCGUCCUCCGACCCGCACCACGCGUCGGGGGCAGCCCACAAACCCAAAUAUGUCGUCUCACCUUCAGGCCACGCGGCACAUCCGGACGAGAUCCUCGCCUCAUGUCGCGCCCUGCACGCUCACGUCGCGCAGCUGCAGGCGCAGGCCGAAAAGGAUCUCGCCGAGUUUACGGAGCGGAUCAAGGCGAGGGACCUGGCUGAGAAGCGGAGAGUUGCUCCCGGAGGGCGGGGGCUGCUGGGGCUGGGGCUGGAGCAGAGGCUGGGCGGCCGCGGGAGACGUCGUUGCGGCAGCCGGUGCAAGGGCCUGACGGAGAAGAAGUGGGAACUUGGGAUGGUUAUGGGAAUGGACAUGGGCAUGGGCCAGGAGGUGCGAGUGAGAUGGCCGUGCCGAAUGAGGGCGAGCAGCUGGAUCGCGUGUUUGGGGCUCUGCAGCUGGGGAAGUCCUGACGGGCUCUCAUGUUUUUCGUCCCGCUCAACUGUUCCUCGCUGGCCAGGCUCAUUUCCAUUGCUCGGACGCUCCCGGCUCAAGUACCCGGAGGCCCGUGCUCAGCUCCCUACCAAGGCUUGGCGACUCGGUCAAUUCCAAUUUGGACUUGGCGAGCUCGUCAGACAUUUGGCAAAUCACCCAUCCAUCAACUUUCAGGCGACGACAAUGCCAACCCAAAAGCGCAUGACCGCCAACCCGGUCAAGCCUGCGCGUUACCGCGCGGGCAAGGCUGCAGGCCCGGACUCAUCAUCGGAAUCCGAGGCUAGCGGGUCCGAGCAGGAAGAAGAUAUCCAGAAGAAGGCACCGCCGCGGAGGACAGCACCACCCCCCAAAUUCGCCAGCGCGGCUGGCCCCGGGCGCAUAAUCAGCCGAGGCGACGGCGCCAAGAUAAACCUUCAAGGCAUUGCAGUAGCAGAUGGGCAAGACGAAGUUCGGCGGCAGGCUGCGCGAGCGGCGAGGUUGGAAGCCGAAAAGAGGGCAAAAGAGGAGGGGUUCGUGACCGAAGAAGAGGAAGAAAGCGAUGAGGAAGGCAGCGAAGAAGAGAGCGAGGAAGAGGAGGAAAGUGAAGAGGAAGCGGCGCCGCGUCGGUUGAUGAUGCGACCCAAGUUCAUCCCCAAGAGCCAACGGCAGGCGAGCGGCUCUGCAAUCGCAACACCAGCUGCCGCAACCGAGACAAUUUCCCCAGAAGAAGACGCCGCCGCAGCCGAGGAAGCGCGCCGCAAAGCCGCCGACGCGCUAAUCGAAGAACAAAUUAAAAAGGACCUUGCCGCACGCUCCGCCGGCAAGAAACACUGGGAAUCCGACGAUGGCGAUUCAGACAAUGAGGUCGACGACACGGACGACAUCGACCCGGAAGCCGAGUACGCGGCCUGGAAGCUGCGCGAGCUGAAACGGCUGCGGCGCGAGCGCGAGGCGAUCGAGGCCAAGGAGAAGGAGCUCGCCGAGAUUGAGCGGCGGCGGAACCUCACAGAGGAGGAGCGGCAUGCCGAGGACGAGGCGCACCUGGCGAAGCAGCGCGAGGAGAAGGAGAGCCGCGGUAAGAUGUCGUACAUGCAGAAGUACUUCCACAAGGGCGCCUUCUAUCAUGACGAGAGCAAGGCCGCGGGGCUGGACAAGCGGGAUCUGGUAGGCGCCAAGUUCGCGGACGAUGUCAACCGGGAACUGCUACCUAAGGCGCUGCAGUUGAGGGAUAUGACCAAGAUUGGCAAGAAGGGCGCGACGAAGUACAGGGAUCUUAAGAGCGAGGAUACGGGGCAGUGGGGGCGGUUGGACGACGGCCGGCCCAGGCGCGAGUUUGACCGCAACGUCGACGAGCGGUUUCGGCCAGACGAUCGCCGUCGGGACUGGGAAAGGGGAGGGGACAGUGGCGCGAAGGGUGCUAAUGCGAUUCCGCUUGGAGACCGUAGGGACAAGCCGCUUGGAGCUGAUAGGGAUCGCGACAGACGCCAGGACCGUGAUGAGGACAGGGCUAGGGAUCAGAGUAGGGACAGAUACAGGGACGAUCGUCUUGACUCUUACCGGCGCCGAGACAGCAGCCGAGAUCGGAGACGGUCACGGUCACCAAGGCAUGACCGGGAUGAUCGGCGCAAACGAUCCCUGUCUCGGGAACGAAAUGGAGAUCGGUACGAAAGCGAUAAGCGGCGGAGACUGGACGCCAGAUAG